CUCAAAUCUAUAACCCAAAAUUUUCCUUCUCAUAAUUCAUCAUGUCAUUGUUACCUUCAACUUUAUCAUGUAUUUCUAGAAAGAAAUACGAUGUUUUCUUGAGUUUUAGAGGUGAAGAUACCCGCAAAAACUUCACAGAUCAUCUCUAUGAUGCUCUAAAUCGAAGUGGAAUUAUCACUUUCAAGGAUGAUUCAAAGAUGGAUGCCGGUGAAGAGAUCGCACCACAACUCUUCCGAGCCAUUCAACAAUCGUGGUGCUCGGUAAUUGUUUUUUCAGGAACCUAUGCCUUUUCAAGUUGGUGCUUGGAGGAGCUUGCUGAGAUUGUUAAGCAAAAAAACGAGAAAGGACAUAAAGUGUUUCCAAUUUUCUACGAUGUGAAUCCAUCUGAUUUAAGAAAACAGAAAGAAAAAGUUGAAGAAGCAUUUGCCAAACUUGCAGAGAGAUACAAGGAAGAUAAAGAAAAGAUUCUAAGGUGGCGAAAUGCUUUGACUCAAGUGGCUAACAUCAAAGGAUGGCAUUUAAAUAACAGGAUAUCCAACAAGAUGCUCAAUUUGAAUGUUAAUGCUGUCUCGAAGAUGAAAAAAUUGAGAUUGCUCAAAGUCCUUUGCCUCUCAAAUUGUGAUGAACUCAAAUAUCUUCCUAAUGAGUUACGGCUCUUAGAUUGGAUGGGAUAUCCUUUAAGGUUCUUACCUCCAAGCUUCCAACCAGACAACCUGGUUGCACUUCUGCUACCAUACAGUCGCAUUGAACAACUAUGGAGGGGAAACCAUCCCCUGUAUAAGUUGAAAGUGCUCAACCUCAAAGGGUCCAAAAACCUGAUCGAGACACCGGACUUUACAAUAGCCCCAAAUCUGGAAAUUUUGAUAUUGGAAGGUUGUACAAGAAUAGUAGAUGUUCAUCCAUCAGUCGGAGUUCUUUCGAGGCUUAAACUUCUGAAUUUAAGAAGCUGCACAAGUCUUAGGAAUCUUCCAACCAGAAUUGGAAUAGAAUCUCUUGAAACAUUAAUCCUAAAAGAUUGUAGAAACCUUAUUAGUCUCCCAAGCAGCAUAGGUGGGUGUAAAUGUCUAAAAACUCUUGAUCUUUCAGGUUGCUAUGAAGUUGAAAAUUUGCCGGAGAAUUUGCAGCAAGUAGAGUUGUUGGAAGAGCUUGACUUAAGUGGAACUGCCAUAGCAAAACCGCCAUCCUUCAUUUUUCAACUUAAAAAUCUUAGAGUUUUGUCUUUGAAUAGGCUCAAGACACCAUCAUCUAAGUUAGCACCAAAUCUACCUUCUCUUUUCCAGGUAUUCCAAAGAGGACGGAUCGAGUCUGUGCCUCUUAUGUUACAUUCAUUGUCAGGUUUGAUUUCAUUAAGAGAGCUGAAACUUAGGAGCUGCAAUCUUCGUGAAGGAGAUAUUCCAAGUGAUAUUUAUUGUUUACACUAUUUGGAAAAGCUUGAGCUUGGUGGUAACAAUUUCAUCAGAGUACCUGUGUCUGGUGUUAGAUUUCCCAGUCUUCAAUAUCUUGGAUUGUCAAAUUGCAGGGAGCUUAAAUCGUUUCCUAGUCUUGGUGCUUCUCGAGAACUAUUUGCAGCUCCAUCAAAGGUUUGCAAUGCAGUGGAUUGGACACGGUUUAAUGAACUUCACUGCUACAGAUUGGUUGAGAAUAUCAAUGCAAUAACAAUGCUGAAAUUCUAUCUUAAGCAAGUUGCAUAUUUAAAAAAAAGUUUUGAUGGUGUUAUACCUGGAGGUGAAAUACCAAAAUGGUUCAGUCAUCAAACAGUUGGCUCUUCAAUCAAGAUACCACUGCCUAACAAUAUUCAGAAUGAUAGUCAAUGGAUCGGAGUUGCUUUCUGCUGCAUUUUUGUCAAUGAUGAUGCUUCAAGGGAUGAGGAACUCACAUGUGAUGCUGUUAUCCAUCAUAUGAAUUCUGGACAAGCUGAUUCUGAUGGAUCUGGUUUUCGGGGUAGAAAUCCUCGACGUGUCUCAGGGGACGGAUGGAUUUUUUCUAAAGAAUAUAACCAGCCCAUAAUAAAGGACCACCUUUAUUGUUGUUUUUUGUUCCGUGAAAGAUUAUAUCCAUUUUCCUUAGAGGAUAAAUGUGGUGAAAGUGAAACUGAGAACUCAUCAACAUUGGAUUGCUCAAAUCAGGAAUUCGAUGAACUCCAGUUUUCAGUCACAUCCGAUGAUAGUCACAUAAGUGUUAAGGUGAAGAAAUGUGGGCUUCGAAUAGUUUAUCAGAAAGAUUUGGAAGAUAUCAAUGAAGAUUCCGCCGCAGAUGGAUCAAUAGCUGAAGGUCCACUUAUAAAGCGGAGACAUAAUGUUUAUGAAGAGACCGAGGCCGAGCCACAACCAAAAAGGAUACACAAGUUUUUCAAUUUAUGAUGGGCCGACCGGGG